UUAAGCUUUCAGGAAAGAGCACUUGUCGAGAAGCUACUAGAGAAUUAUCACACAGGUCUCAGGCCUAUCAUCUCUAAUAGCUCCCAGCCAACGACAGUUAAUCUUAGUCUCAGACUGGUGCAGAUAUUUGAAAUGGUGAGUAAGAUAGAUCAUAGGUACUCAAUGUGUGCUCAGUUGAGAUCUGAGAAAACUAAACUUUUACCUUUAGGCAAUGAAAAUCCAAGCAGUGUCUUGAUACAGCUGGAUUAACGAAAGUUUCUUUUUAUAAAUUUUACAGGAUGUAAAAAAACAGGUUAUCAUCACAAGUGUAUGGCUCAAGCAGGUACGUGCGCGAAGCAGCUGUUAAGACGCUAAGAUCGUCAUCAUCAUCAUCAUCAUUAUUUAGUAAAUCAUCAACAGAUUCGUCUUCAUCUUCGUUUUUUGUCAUAUUUGUAUCUCAUUUUGCCUUCCUUAUAGUUUUUCAUAAAAAUGACAGCCCGUUAGUUCAAAUAAAUGCACUUGUCAAUAUAAAGGCACGAAAUGUGAUCUGAGGAAAGCAUAUAUAGGAGCCCAACAUUCUUGUUGUCAUCAUUAGUAGAGUCAAGAUUUGGGUUAAUCAUAAAUUAUUUUUAAGAAGAGAAAGGCUUGUCUAACCAGAAACAAAUGACUAAGAUUCAGAUGGAACUUAUAAUUCUUGAAAAUAACAGUUCUGAGAAAUUAAACUUACUCGCUAAAUCAUUCUCGAGCAAAGGGCUACAGUAGAAGCCAAAACCUUCAUCUUCACAACAGAUUGGUCUAGAAACUAAACUUUAAAUAUUUCACCAGAAAGAAGGAUUGAACAAUACUUAUAAAGGAAAGUAAAGUUGGUUAAGGAAGUUGUCACUGGGCAAACAUUAUGAUAUUAAGGGUGAAAUAGAACAAAACACUGGUUAACAAGUUGAGAACUAAUCUAGACCUUGUCGUACAUCAUUUUGUUUGUUUUCUAAAGGCCUGGUAUGACCCAGCUUUGCAGUGGAAUAAAUCUGAGUUUGGUUGGAUCGAUGAGGUCAGCUUGUCACCUAGUGACGUUUGGGUACCAGAUACUGUGCUGCUGAACAAGUAUGCUUAUUAUAAAUAAAUAACUUAAUUAAUUAAUUAAUUAAUUAGGACACGUUAAAAGAUAUUUUCUCUCUGUAUAGUUCUGGCCCUGAGGAAGGCUAAUUUUCUUAGCUGAAAUAUUGGCCUAUAAUAAAUCAGCCCUUUGCCUUAGUGCCAGCCCUGCAUUCAGUUUUGUUUUAAUUAAUUAACUAGUUAAUUAAAUUAAUUCAGUAUCACAGACACAUUUGAAAAAGUUGAUGAAAAUUUGAUAAUCUUCUUAACCCUUUCGAGCUUUCAACAAUUUCCUUGCAUUCUAACUCAAAUAACUGAGAUUUACGCACAAAGAGAGGGUCAGUAUUCAAAAAUGAAUGUUUAACGAAAAAACCGUCAGGGAUGCGUGAAACUUGUACUUCAGUAGCUGAUGAGCUGAUAUGCGGUAAAGAAAUAUCAAACAGUGUCAAAAACAAACGUUUCGGGUUUAUGAUCCUUCUUCAGUGAGAGAAAAAAAACCGUUGUACAGUACUACGCAAUACCAGAGACAUGACAAUGAUCGAAGCAUCUGCGUCUGUAUAGGUGGAGAAAUUAGAAUAACUGCUUUUCGUUUUUUUCUAGCGCUGAUACUAGCCACAUGGGUGAACCUGUGGGAAUGAACAACCCACUGUUGAUUACUUCCCAUGGCACAGUCCGCUGGCUGGCGCCUAUUAUCCCCAAGAGUUCCUGCAAACUCAGUGUCCGUUAUUUUCCGUUCGACGAGCAGUUCUGCAGGCUCAAGUUUGCGUCCUGGACUUAUAGCAAUAGCUCUUUGCGUCUUGUGGCAGAAGAAACUGAAAUCCUACAGAACUAUACUGGUAAAUUACACACUGUGAAUAAAGGUUGACUGUUUAAUUCUUAAAACUCCAACAACAUCAUCAUCAUCAUCAUCAUCAUCAUUAUCAUCAUGAGUCGGUAAGAAUCUUAUUUGCGUUAAUCUUCCCGUGCGUACAUCUUCCAAAUCUCACGCUAUGCUUCUGUGGAAAACUGCGCUCAACAACGCUAAAUAUUUUAAACGGUCUAUCUCAACAUUCAACACUGCAUGACACUCUGUUCGAUUGAAUGUUGAGCCGUGUGUGACGAGUCUAAUCAAGGUUUCUCUUUCACAGAAAGCGGCGAAUGGUACCUGGAAAAAGUCUACGAUCUGAAUUCAACAAGCAAAGCAACUCACUUGAGCGAGGAAAGCAAGUCAGCCGUGACAUAUGUGAUUCACAUACGCCGUGAGGUGUUCUAUUACUUCGUCUACCUGAUCACGCCUUGUAUGGUGACGUCAUUUAUGACGUUAAUCCUAUUUACACUACCCCCUGAGAGUGGUGAACGGAUGGUAAUGGGCGUCACAAUUCUGUUAUCACUCGCCGUGUUCUAUUUGUUAGCUUCGACUCACAUUCCCGAGACAUCAGAGGUGGUACCUUUGAUUGGCAGGUAUGGUGACGUCAUUUAUGACGUUAAUCUUAUUCACACUACCCCUUGAUAGUGGUGAACUGAUGGUAAUGGGCGUCACAAUUCUGUUAUCACUCACCGUGUUCUAUUUGUUAGCUUCGACUCAUAUCCCUGAGACGUCAGAAGUCGUACCUUUGAUUGGCAGGUAUGGGAUGAUGGGUGGGCCUGUGGAGAUAAAAAAGAGACUUCUUAACUUAUUAAUUUUUGUUAUUUUUGAAUUAGCGAAAUUCGCCACAGUGAAUCAAUACGGCAGGAUACGGGAUAAAACAGGACUUGCGUCCCAGUUGAUAUUUCCCACUUCAUUACCCAGCCAGCCCGUGAAAGAUUGUCCAAAUAAUUAAUUAUAUAUUACACUAUCAUUAUUAAUAUUUACGACUGUAACUGAAACUUUUUAAAGGGACGACUUUCUGUCCAAAAUGUUCGUGAAAUCUUUCUGACAUUUUUUCUACAACUAUUUGACAACACCAUUUGCUUCCGUAACGCACAAUGAACCAACCAAUCGUCAAGAUCUUUACACAUCUUAUACAUAAAAUAAUUUAUCGUUAACUUUUCAAUGGCACAAGCGUUGAAAAAGUUAAGAAAGUUUGAGAAGUGAUGAAGUACUAUUUUGUAUUUAUCUCACGACAGAUACUACUCGCUGACCAUCAUAGAAAUCGCAUGCGCACUGGGACUGACUUGCUGGGUGCUACGGUUUCAUCACUACAACACAUCAGUCGGGAAAGUACCAAAAUGGGUCAGGGUAUGAGCAACAUAGUCAUAACUUCCCCUAAUUUCAGUGGCGGAUCCAGGGAAGGGGCCCUAGGGGCCCAGUCCCCCCCUUAUUUUUAGACCAAAAUGAGGCUCGAAGGCCCGACCGCCCCUUCCCCCCCAUCUCAGGGUCUGGAUGACCGCCACUCCCCCCCCCCCCCCUCCACUUAUCUGAAGGUCUGGAUCGGCCAUUGAAAAUUUAAUGAGCUUUUAUAAUAUUUACAGAUAUUUACGCCGAUCUUUGAAGUUUGUACACAUGGUCGCACGUAUGUUUUUCUUUAAGGUUUAUAUUCUCGGAUAUGUUGCAAGAAUGGUGCGCUACGAGGUCCCAAAGAAACCUCAAACAGAAAACGAUGGAGUUGGAGAGGAAGGCGAGUCCCACUCUAGUCAUUCUUUCUUUUAUACUACUACAUGAGAAAUUUCUGCAAUUUGAUUGGCUUAGAGCAGUGGUAUUUCAGCUUAAUUUGAAAUACCUACAUGUGAAAAUUUCAAACCUUUUGCGGGUAGUAGUAUAAACAAAUAAUAACAUGAUUUGUACGUGAUAUUUGGCAAAAAUACCAGUCGUGAUAUUUCAAAAUUGUCUCAAAUUUCACUCACCUAACGGCUUGUGAAAUUACAUAUAACAAUUUCGAAAUAUCACUCGUGGUAUUUACCCCAAAUAUCACUAAGAACCAUGCUAUUACCUAUACUAAUUUUCAAUGCAGUACGUUAUAUCAGUUGACGUUUUUGGCAAGUCUAACCGAUGAGACCGCAUAGCUUUUUUGGUAACUUCACCAAAAUUUCACCAACCUCAUCCAAAAACCAACUCUUGGGUCAUAAAAUCCCAAAGUGUAAACGUUUAUGUCGUUCUAUACAAGUCUAGUCUUUGAAAACCGCCAAGUUAUGACCGAAUUACAAAUGAUUUAAAGUUACCCACACAUCCUUGCCGUCUUAACUUAGGCAGGUGGAAUGGCUGAGCUUAGCUGUACAAAUAAAAAAUAUUGCUGGCCUUCAAUUACCCCCGUUGAGUUCGGAUAAUUUGCUGAUUAUGGAUACGAUUGCUGAUAAAAGCAAAAGAAACGAUAUGGACAACAUAGAUUAUAUAAAUCUUCCACGUUGUCUAACCAUUCACAUGUGAUAUGUGACGGAAACCGUAGAUUCAAUAGACUGCGAGCAGUCUCUUAUUUUUCUUUGCAAAGUUACUGCACGAGAAACUCAAGCACGCAAGCGCGCCGCGAGCCGCGAUAAACGAGGGCUCGUCUGACCCUAAUCCCUUAUUGUAACAUAUAACGGCGUGGUUUGCAAUCGCGCUGGCUGAGAUAAAAACUAGACGGAUUUUAAGAGAAAAGGCGGACUGCAAGCCUAUAGAUUCAACAACUGCGCAGUACCGAUUUUACGACCAAUCCAUUGGUGUAAUGCAAAUGAACGAGGUAACAAGGAAAACUUUAAAAUGCAACUUAUUUCAAGUUCUGUUAAAAAAUUUCAGACGAAGGAGAUAACGCUGUAACCAUGAGCGACAGUGACGGCGGCUCCCGCAUUCGUAGACGUCUUCCCAGAGAACCUAGCGGCAUCACCAUGAUGGCAGAAAGGGUGUUGAAGAAACAAGAUGAGGACAGGGUACAAGAAGAAUGGCAGCUUGCUGCACGUGUAAUCAACUGGCUCUUCUUGAUUUGUUAUCUUGUGGCUGUUGUUCUCUCCAUAUUUGGCAUCUUCUUGCAAGUUCCUGGAGUUAUUAUCUCCAGGCCUUCUCCGCCAACUUCGGACGAUGAAUAG